UGAAUGCUCCCAGUGUUUCAAAACCUUUGCUUCGCCUUCUGCUCUUGUAAUUCAUCAACGAACACACACAGGAGAAAAACCCCAUCAUUGUUCUCAGUGUGGCAAGACUUUUAUUCAAAUGAUUCAUCUCAAGAUACACCAGAGGAUGCAUACUGGGGAAAAGCCACAUGACUGUUCUCAGUGUGGGAAGACUUUUAGCCAUAUUUCUAGUCUCAAGAUGCACCUGAUGAUCCACACUAGAGAAAAGCCAUAUCAGUGUACUAUAUGUGGGAAGGGUUUCAAAAGUAGCAGUGAACUUAGGAUCCACCAGAUGACACAUACUGGAGAAAAGCCACAUCAGUGUUCUCAGUGUGGAAAGGGCUUUACUUUAAUGAGUACUCUCAAGAAACACCAGAUGAGGCACACUGGGGAAAAGCCAUAUCAGUGUACUACAUGUGGGAAGGGUUUCAAAAGUAGCAGUGAACUUACAAUCCACCAGAUGAUACAUACUGGAGAAAAGCCACAUCAGUGUUCUCAGUGUGGAAAAACUUUUAUUCAAAUGAUUCAUCUCAAGACACACCAGAGGAUACAUACCGGGGAAAAGCCAUAUCAUUGUUCUCAGUGUGGCAAGGCCUAUAGUCAAACAUCUCAUCUCAAAUCACACCAGAGGAUCCACACUGGAGAAAAGCCACAUCAGUGUUCUCAGUGUGGAAAGGCUUUUACUGAAAUGAGUCAUCUCAAAUCACACCAGAGGAUCCACACUGGAGAAAAACCAUUUCAGUGUUCUCAGUGUGAAAAGACUUUUCCUCUAAUGUCUCAUCUCAAGAGACACCAGAGUAUCCACACUGGAGAAAAGCCAUAUAAUUGUUCUCAGUGUGGAAAGACUUUUAGUCGAAUGGACAGUCUCAAGACACACCAGAGGGUCCACACUAGAGAAAAGCCAUAUAAUUGUUCUCAGUGUGGAAAGACUUUUAGUCGAAUGGGUCAUCUCAAAUCACACCAGAGGAUCCACAAUGGAGAAAAGCCAUAUCAGUGUACUACAUGUGGGAAGGAUUUCAGGAAUAGCGAAGCACUUAAAAUCCACCAGAUGACACAUACUGGAGAAAAGCCACAUCAGUGUUCUCAGUGUGAAAAGACUUUUAGUCACAUGGGUCAUCUCAAUAGACACCAGACGAUCCAUACUGGGGAAAAGCCAUAUCAGUGUCUUACAUGUUGGAAGAGUUUCAGGAGUAGCAAUGCACUUACAAUCCACCAGAUGACACACACAGGGGAAAAGCCCCAUCAGUGUUCUCAGUGUGGAAAGGCCUUUACUGGGAAAAGCAUUGAACUUAAAAGCCACCAGCUGACACAUACUGGAGAACAGCCACAUCAGUGUUCUCAGUGUGGAAAGACUUUUAGUCAGAUGUCUUCUCUCCAGAGACACCAGGGGCCGGUAUUUCAAAAUGAUCCCACAGGAUUAAUCCUCCUGGAUUGGAUUAAAUCCUGAUCAGAUCCUAAAAACGGGUAUUUCAAAGCAAAUCUGAUCCUGAAGAUUCAGAUUCAGAUUUGGGAAUCCAAUCCUGCCUUUGAUCCGGAUAAAAAGCUGCUGUUGAGUAUUUCAAAACUUUAGUGGGAAAUCUGGAUCAGUUUGAUUCUAAAAAUCAGGAUUACCCUGAUCCCACCUCAGAGGUGGAUUUGAGGGAGAUUACAUGUAAAGGUUUUAACAGCCUAAGUGUAACUGCUCCCAAAGUUCUUUGUUUGAUACAGUAGCUACGCUUCACUGCUGUUUGAUCAAUGUUUAUUUUCUUUGCACGUUCCUUUCUUUUUCAGCAAACACAGUGAAAAACUGAAGUAAAAAAAACAUACAAAAAAAUCAGUCAAAUGUAUUUAUUAACAUGCAUUCAGCACACACACUUAAUUAUCAUAGCCAAAGCUCAAAAGGUUAUGCCAUUUGGAGCAGGUCUGUGUUAACUGGCUGUCUUCUCUUUCCACAGAAAUCUGUAAAGAAAAACAAAUAUUAAGGUUGCAGGGCUGUCCCUUUUGUUGACAACUGUUUCCUAAAAAGAUAUGUACAUCACAUUUAUAAAUCUACACACAAUGCCUUGCGAGUAAAUGCAUUAAAAUGUGGACUGUGGACCGCUAGCCUAUUUACCAACUUGUUAGCUUCUUAACACAGAAGUCAAUAGAGCAGCAUUAGCUCGCAUUAGCGCAAACUCAGCUUUAUUUGAGAUCGCCGAGCUCUUCUUUCAACUUUGUGCUGAUUUACGUAGCUGGUUAACUCAAUAUAAUGAUUGUCUUUCAUCUAGUCUUAGGACGCAUCAACACUGACCAAGAUUAUACUUACAUUUAGAGACAAUAGUUGUGCCAGCUUCUCCUUUUUUCUGUAAAAUGUUCGCUCCAUUUCCUGUUUCCUGCCUGUGAUCCAGGGGCGGGACGGAUUUGGACAUCAGGAUCACUUUGAUCCAAUCCGGCCAAGUUUUGAAAUACCGGGAUAGAUCAGGUUGAUCCGUGGCUGAGGACAGGGGGAUUUGGUUUUCCGGAUCAUUCUGAUCUGGAUUACAAGUUUUGAAAAACCGGCCCCAGAGGAUCCACACUGGGGAGAAUUCAUAUCAGUGUACUACAUGUGGGAAGGGUUUAAGGAGUGGCAGAGAACUUACCAUCCACCAAAUGACACAUACCGGGGAAGAGCCACAUCAGUGUUCUCGGUGUGGAAAGACCUUCAGUUUAGCGGGUGAUCUCAAUAGACACCAUGGAAUCCAUACAGGUGAAAAU